AUGGACCGCUCACAGCCAGCCUCGUCCAAUUUGAUGGACAACCACAACCGCCUCGUCGCCGACAUCCUCACCCGCUACCGCACCCUCAUGAUGCUCGCCACCGUCCAAGCAGAACAAGACCGCAACAACGCAAACCCCGAAGCCAUGGCCGUCACCGGCAUAUCCAUCAAGAUGGAAUUCGACGGGCUGUACACCUCCAUCAAAGAAUUCCUAACCCUCUCCCGCAAAAUCAAGGAGCUCUGGGUCUUCGGGCCCCUCGGCAUCGAGGACGACGACCGCAAGCUCAAGCAGGACCAGCUCGACCGGCACGUCCACCGCGUCGCCGAUCUGCUCAACGCCAUGGAGGCGUCCAAAAUGAAGGCGCUUGCGGAAAGCAACGGCGCGAGCUGGCAGCCGCUGGUUAGGGAGGAGAUGGAGAGCCCGAUUGCGGCGGCGGCGGCGGCUGUUGCGUCUGCCGGACCUGGGGCUGGAGCUGGAUCUGGACGGUGA